GCAAAAUUGAUUUAAUUUGUCUCAGAGAAACCUCUCUCUCUCCGUCGUAUUAAAACCCUUAGCGACUCUCUUUUACUGUCGUGGUUCGUUCCUCCCAGACACUUUUUCUUUCUUUCUCUACUUCUCCAAUCGGAAUCCAAAUUUGAACUGGGGACGUUUCUCUUUUCUAGUUCCCGCUCUCUUUAUUUUCGCGAGGGAGCCAAAAAAAAUCGAUCUAGGGUUUUGGUUUUUCUCGCUAACCGAGAACUUCACUUAGGGUUCUCUGUUUCAAAAUCAAAAUCCGCGUCUCUUUUUAAUUUAUUUUUAUUUUUGGAUUCGUUCAAAUAAGAGAUGUCGCAAGACGAAGAGAUUGCGAUGCGUGAUGUGACAAGCGCGGGUCUUUGCAUUGGUGACCGCAUUGGCCGAGAAGCCGCAUCGCAGCUCGACCUUGAAGAAGCUCUUGAAGCUUCUAGAUACGCUAGUCACCCUUAUUCCACUCAUCCCAGAGAGUGGCCGCCUUUGAUUGAAGUUGGUGAGACUUGGGAAUUGCCUUCUGUACUUAUUGAGAGGUAUAAUACAGCUGGGGGAGAAGGUACGGCUUUGUGUGGGAUUUUUCCGGAGAUCCGACGAGCUUGGGCAUCUGUAGACAAUUCUUUGUUUCUGUGGCGUUUUGACAAAAGGGAUGGGCAAUGUCCUGAGUAUAGCGGGGAGGAGCAGGCUAUUUGUGCGGUUGGUCUAGCGAAAUGUAGACCUGGAGUCUUUGUUGAAGCUAUUCAAUAUCUUUUGGUGCUGGCAACUCCUGUUGAGUUGGUUCUUGUUGGAGUGUGCUGCACUGAAGGGCCUGAUGGUAGAGAUCCUUUUGCUGAAAUUUCAGUACAGCCUCUGCCUGACUAUACAAUUUCAUCAGAUGGAGUGACAAUGACAUGCGUUACAUGUACUAAUAAAGGGCGCAUUUUCAUUGCUGGACGUGAUGGUCACAUCUAUGAACUGCUAUAUACAACUGGCUCAGGCUGGAAUAAACGUUGUCGUAAAGUGUGCCUUACUGCAGGCGUAGGUAGUGUGAUCUCAAGGUGGGUUGUGCCAAAUGUGUUCAAGUUUGGAGCUGUAGAUCCUGUUGUAGAGAUGGUUGUGGAUAACGAAAGGCAAAUUUUAUAUUCCCGCACUGAAGAGAUGAAACUUCAAGCAUAUGUUUUUGGGCCAAAUGGGGAAGGUCCUCUUAAGAAGGUGGCAGAAGAAAAGAAUCUACUAAAUCAGAAGGAUGUGAGCCAAGGAAAUCGUCAGGCAUCAGUGGCAGGUCGAUCUAACAAGCCCUCCAUAGUCAGCAUUUCGCCAUUGUCCAUGCUGGAGUCAAAAUGGUUGCACCUUGUUGCAGCAUUAUCAGAUGGCAGGAGGAUGUAUCUUUCCACCUCCUCAAGUGGAAGUGGUAGCAGUAUUAGCUUUAGUGGGUUUAACAACCACCGUCAGACUCCAAACUGUCUGAAAGUGGUUUCAACCAGGCCAUCUCCUCCAUUGGGAGUCGGUGUUGGUCUUGGUUUUGGAGCUGCAUCUAUCGCUGGUAGAACUCAGAACGAAGACCUCUCUAUGAAAGUUGAAACUGCCUACUAUUCUGUUGGAACUCUUGUCCUUUCAGAUUCAUCGCCACCUACUAUGUCUUCUCUUCUUGUUGUUAGCAGAGAUUCAAGCGUUCAGUCUCAGGUUGGCAGCAGUUCAGGGCCAAGUUCAAGGAGUUCUCGGGCUUUACGAGAAGUUGUGUCUUCCCUUCCUAUUGAAGGCCGUAUGCUUUUCGUAGUAGAUGUGUUCCCCUCUCCUGAUACUGCUGCUACUGUUCAAUCUUUAUAUUCAGAACUAGAAUACUGUGGACUUGAAGUCUCAGGAGAGUCUUAUGAAAAAGCAUGUGGAAAACUCUGGGCCAGAGGUGAUCUUUCGACCCAGCAUAUUUUGCCAAGGAGAAAGAUUGUCGUUUUUACCACCAUGGGUAUGAUGGAACUCGUUUUUAAUAGGCCUGUGGAUAUCUUAAGAAGACUUCUAGAAUCCAAUUCGCCAAGGUCCCUUCUAGAAGAUUUUUUCACCCGCUUUGGAGCAGGCGAAGCAGCUGCCAUGUGCUUGAUGUUGGCUUCCCGAAUAAUAAAUUUUGAAGAUUUAAUUAGUAACAUUGUUGCCGAUAAGGCAGCUGAGGCGUUUGAGGAUCCGAGAAUUGUAGGAAUGCCACAAUUUGAUGGCACUAGUGGAUUGUCAAACACUAGAACAGCAACUGGAGGUUUCAGCAUGGGCCAAGUUGUUCAAGAAGCGGAGCCCAUUUUCUCAGGUGCUUAUGAAGGGCUCUGCCUUUGUACAUCAAGAUUACUGUUUCCCCUAUGGGAACUUUCUGUGAUGUCUAAGAAAAUCAGUUCUGACACCAUGUCUGAGGAAGGAGUUGUGAUCUGUCGUCUUUCUACCAGUGCUAUGCAUGUUCUGGAAAGCAAGGUUCGAUCAUUGGAGAAAUUCUUAAGAUCUAGAAGAAACCAGAGAAGGGGGCUUUAUGGAUGUGUUGCUGGGUUAGGAGAUGUAACUGGCUCUAUUUUGUAUGGUACUGGUUCAGAGUUGGGAGCUACUGAGAGGAAUAUGGUUAGGAGCUUGUUUGGAGCAUAUUCCAACGGAGGUGAGUCAGCAAAUAAAAGACAGCGGUUGCCGUAUAGUUCUGCUGAAUUGGCUGCCAGAGAGGUGAGGGCUAUGGAGUGUAUCAGGCAGUUGCUUCUCAGAUCUGCAGAAGCCCUUUUCCUACUCCAACUUCUUUCUCAACAUCAUGUUGCUAGAUUAGUUCAGGGGUUUGACACAAAUUUAAAGCAAGCUUUAGUUCAGUUGACAUUCCAUCAACUAGUUUGUUCUGAAGAGGGUGACCAAAUUGCAACAAGGCUGAUAUCUGCCGUGAUGGAGUAUUAUACUGGCUCAGAUGGCAGGGGAACAGUUGACGAUAUAAGCGGGCGACUACGUGAAGGUUGCCCAAGUUACUUCAAGGAGUCUGAUUACAAAUUCUUCUUAGCUGUUGAACGUCUUGAGAGAGCUGCUCUAACUUCAGAUACUGAAGAGAAGGAGAAUGUUGCUAGAGAGGCGUUCAAUUUCUUGAGCAAAAUCCCUGGAUCUGCAGAUCUCCGAACUGUCUGCAAACGUUUUGAGGAAUUGAGGUUCUAUGAAGCUGUUGUCUGCUUGCCUUUGCAGAAGGCCCAAGCUCUUGAUCCUGCUGGCGAUGCUUUCAAUGACCAACUUGAUGCUUCCAUAAGAGAGCAUGCUCUUGCCCAGAGGAAACAAUGCUAUGAGAUUAUUGCCAACUCCUUGCGAUCUUUAGCUAGUUCCAUGCUAGACGAGGCUUCACGUAGACAAUAUAUAUGCCAGAUUGUUCAUCUUGGUGUGCAAUCAACUGACAGAGCGUUCCGGGAGUACCUAUACACGGCCAUGAUAGAACUGGGUCUUGAAAACGAGCUCCUGGAGUAUGGAGGUCCGGAUUUGGUACCUUUUCUCCAGAAUGCUGGCAGUCAUUCUGCAUCACAGGUUGGGGCUGUGUCUACUGGUUCAUCUCCGCUGGGUCACUCAGGAACACAAAUUUCAUCAAAUCAAGCAAAAUACUUUGAUCUUCUUGCGAAAUACUAUGUGUCAAAGAGACAGCAUGUGCUUGCUGCUCACGUGCUUCUACGGCUUGCAGAGAGACGUGCUAUUAGUUUAGGGGACAAUCCUACCCUUGAACAAAGGCGACAAUACCUAAGCCACGCAGUUUUACAAGCCAAGAAUGCAAGUAAUAGUGAUGGUUUAGUAGGUUCUGCUCAAGGUGCUUCUGACAAUGAGUUGCUUGAUCUGCUUGAAGGAAAACUCGCAGUUCUUCAGUUCCAAAUUAAGAUCAGAGACGAACUUGAAGCUAUAGCUUCCAAUUCCGAGUCUUCGGCUGCGAUGCAGGACUCUGACCAGAACGGGACAGUACUUGAUGGUGAUUCUAGUGAUGAUUCCAGCUUAGCAAAUGCAGCAACUGAAAAGGCCAUGGAGCUCUCCUCCGAACUUAAAAGCGUAACACAGUUGUAUAAUGAAUAUGCUGUCCCAUUUGAGCUCUGGGAGAUCUGUCUGGAAAUGCUCUACUUUGCCAACUAUUCUGGUGAUGCUGAUUCAAGCAUAAUAAGAGAAACAUGGGCUAGACUCAUUGACCAAGCUCUUUCACAAGGUGGGAUAGCUGAAGCCUGUGAAGUUCUCAAAAGAGUCGGAUCACAUGUAUACCCUGGCGGUGGGGUUGUUUUACCCCUCGAUGUUUUGUGCCUUCACCUCGAGAAAGCUGCACUUGAGAGAUCAGAGAGGGGUGAAUAUGUUGGGGAUGAAGACAUAGCUCGAGCUCUUCUGGCCGCUUGCAAAGGCGCAGCUGAACCUGUGCUUAACGCUUAUGACCGUUUGCUAUCCAAUGCAGCCAUUGUGCCAUCACCAAAUCUAAGGAUCCGCCUCCUUAGUUCGGUUCUAGUGGUGCUCCUUGAAUGGGCAAUGUCUGUAUUGUCAGACAGAAUGGGGUCGAGUCCAACCAGCUCUUCUCUCAUACUAGGCGGAUCAUUUGCUCUAGAGAAGAAAGCUGCUAGUAAUCAAGGGGUCCGUGAUAAGAUCGCAAACGCUGCAAACAGGUAUAUGACGGAGGUAAGGAGACUGGCUCUGCCACCGAACAGGACGGAGUUAGUAUACGCAGGUUUCAAAGAACUUGACGAAUCUCUCUUAACUCCAUUCUCCUUCUGAUCCAUCACUUUCUUCUAUUUUUUCUUUUUAUUUUGGAUGCAAUUUCACCUUUUUUAAUAGGUUUUAUUAGCAGCGUUCUUGUAACUUCAAAAUAACACUCUUUGGGGAAAUUUCCCCUUUCUUCUUCUUUAGUCUUCUCAGAGAGAAUCAAAAAUACGAAAAGAGAAAAAAUAAUUCUGUAGUUCCUCCUCUUAAAAUUCGGGGGCCUUGUCUGUCAAUUUUAAUCUGUAUUCUCUGUAACUUGACUAAUUUCUUUAUUGUUGUUGUUGAUUAGUAUUUUA